AUGGCGGACAAGGAUAGUUCGGACGUGUCAACACAACAAGCAAACAAUCCACUUACUAGAAAACUAAGCAAAAUUCUAGAGUCUAGACUUGAUAAUGACAAGGAUAUGCUUGAAGCUCUUAAGUAUUUGUCGACAUUACUUGGAGAAAACAGCUUGCGUACCAGAAGAAACCUGCGCAGUGAUAUUGAGAAAAGAAGUUUGGCCAUAAAUGAAGAAUUCUUAUCUGCCUUCCAGUCAGUAAAAGAGCAACUGGACUGUGUCUACGGCAAUGUGAAGGCCAUGAAUGACUGUUGUCAAGAUAUGACAAGUAGACUAAAGGCUGCCAAAGAACAGACCCAUGAUCUCAUUAGCCAGACAACAAAACUACAAACAGAACGUCAGAAGCUAGAGAUGAAAGUGCAAGUAGCUGAUGCAUUCCUGUCUAAAUUUCAACUGAAGCCAGAGGAAAUCAAAAUACUGCGUGGCACUCGGGAUGGACAGUUACAUAAGGAUUUCUUCAGUGCUCUAGGAAGAGUGAAGCAGAUACACACUGAUUGUAAAGUAUUGCUCCGGACCAACCAGCAGACUGCAGGACUAGAAAUCAUGGAGUCCAUGGCUUUGCACCAAGAAUCAUCAUACGAGAGAUUAUAUAGGUGGACUCAGAAUGAAUGCAGGACUUUGACAGCAGAUUCUAUAGAUGUUCCAUUGUUACUGUGUCAAGCUAUGGAAGCUUUACAGGAUCGACCAGUUCUGUUUAAAUAUUCCCUGGAUGAGUUUGGUACGGCAAGAAGAAGUGCUGUGGUUCGAGGCUUCAUCGAUGCUCUUACGAGAGGAGGACCUGGUGGCACACCACGCCCAAUUGAACUUCAUUCCCAUGAUCCUUUGCGGUAUGUUGGUGACAUGCUGGCUUGGUUACAUCAAGUCUCUGCUUCGGAAAAAGAACAUCUUCAGAAUUUGCUCAAACUUAUUCAAGCAACAGAUUCUCAGAUUGAAGAAAUUCUAGGUCAUGUGACUGAAGGUGUGUGCAGGCCAUUUAAGGUUCGAGUAGAACAAGUGUUGCUAUCGCAACAAGAUCCAGUGACACUUUACAAACUGGACAACCUUCUCAAGUUUUAUCAUCACACUAUAGGACAGAUAAUUGUGAAGGAGGCUGCGCUGUUAUCAACGAUUGCCGAAAUCCAGGAUCUCAGCCAUAGAAUGUUUUUCAACAGUCUCACCAGCCAUGCCAACAAGCUACUUGAUAAGGUAGAGUUACCUCCAGCCGACUUGGGUGGAACUGCGUCCCUGACUCAGAGUCUACAGCUGUUGAAGGAUGUUCUGGCAUGUCAUGAUGCCUCGGUGGUGCCAGUCGAUGACAAGAAACAGGAUUUUAAACAGAUUCUGUCCUGCAUGGUUGACCCAUUGUUACAGAUGUGUUCUAUGUCCGCCAGUAGACUCAGUACAGUGGACAUGGCGGCACACAUUAUCAAUUCUAUUUACCUGAUGCAGUCAUCACUGGCGCUCUACGAAUUCACUGACACAAGACUAGAGAUGUUGCAAGCUCAGAUUGAUGCCCAUGUGGACACUCUGACAAGUGAACAAGCCUCAUUUGUGUUAAACAACACAGGUCUAGCUACCAUCUACAACACAAUCCAGCAGUACCAGCCUAGUCAGGGUCCAUUGUCUUCUUUGAGUGGAAUGGAUACCCUGGCUGUUAAGUCGGGCAUGAAUAAGUUUGACAGUUACCUUGCUACCCCAGACAGUCUUGUUCUCCCACAGUGCAGUUUUCUCCUUAGUGCUUUGAUCAGGGAAAAUGUGAAGUUGCGUUCUAUUGAGCUCAUCUGUGAAGCCUACCAACAGAUCUACCAAGCCAUCCAUCAUCCAUCCAAUGGUUACAGUGAACCCCAGAGCAUCGUGCCGAGAACUCCAAGCCAAGUGGUGAAACUGCUGUCAUAGUUUAGUCAUCGCUGUUAGGUCAUUAUAAUAUAGAGCUGGACAGAGCUGACCUGCCUCAGUGGUGUACAUUGGUGUAAGCUGGAUUUUUUAUUGGGGUGGCCUCAAUCACUGGCUAGGAGUCAUUGUAUAGCGACAGUAGUGGGGAGAAAACAAAGAGAGGUAUGAUUGUUGUGGUGGGUCAUGGCCCCAUCCCUGGCAACAACACCCGUAUGUGGAGUAGUGCUUAAUCAAUUGACCUUAUGGCUGGUAGAUACUGAGUUCAAAUGCCAGUACUGGCUUCUAAUCAGAGUGUGUUUUUAUGGCACAGUGAGGAGGUAUGAAGACACUACACCAAGGACCAACCAUUGAUUCCUGUUCUGGACAGACAGCCAGCAUACCUGAAGUGUGUGCCAAACACAUCAUUCUUGAACCUUAAUUGGUUAUAAGCACAAAAAUUAAGAGUAGUGAAAAAAAUUGAAACCAAAAAAAAAAAAACAAUGUUGAAGAACAAAAAAUUGAAUAUUAUGUGCCAUCAGUUUGAGGGUUAUGUGGUGUUCUUUUGAGGCAUUAAGCUUGUAAUUGUGACAUCAGUUUGGACAGUAAAAACAAAGUGUUAUAUUUACUAUUAACUGAUAACACUUAUUUCAGUGAUAUAGCAAAUUCUGGUUUCUAGUACAUAAGUCAAACUUAUGUUAUAAUACAUGGAUUACAUUGUUGUUGUUUAUUAUAAUUUGGGGGUUUAUAUAUUAUAUAUUGUGGUGCAUUUGUAUAUAAGGUAUUUGUUACAUUUUGUCAAUACAUAAUAUUGUAUAUU